CAAUGUGAAUUUAAGUAAAUGCUUUGUUAUUUCAAUAUCAUUUUACAUCUGAUACAUAGACACUUGCCUGGCUCUCUCACCAAUGAAAACACAUUAGUCUCCAAUUGUUCUGGGGCAGACACAUGGAGCAGUCUCCCAUUUAUGCAUGCCUCCAAAAAUACUGGUCAUCCAAGAGAUCCUCAGGAGGCACGUUCAUACCCCACAUGAGAAAAGUUCCUAGUAAAGUACGAAGAUGGACAUUUCACAGAGUCAAACUGGUGCCAAGACAGGCUUUUCAGGAUAAAGAAUACUGUGCUGGAUUUAUUUUAGGGCGGUUUCUGAUUAGCUGCUCAUCACUAUUUUGUCUGGACCACAGCAUUGGCAGUUUUAUAUAGUCAGCUGUUUGGAUAGCAUGCUCAUUAUCCAAAGGUAAAGGAAAUGUGGGAAGAAAUUACUCUAAGAAUUUCUUUUUUGCACCUUUUUUUCUCUGUCUGAUUAUGUUCCUUUAUUGCAUAUGCAUUCUUUCUAAAAUUAAGAAGGGUUUCUAAAUGGAUCCCCUGUCAACAGCAGUAGAAAUGGACCAAAUUUUUAACUUUUUCCAUAGAUUUAUGUGUAUCUGGAACUCAAGAAAACAUAGUAUAAAUACAUGGAAUUUUUUUUAUGCUGGUCUUUUCAUAUUUGAUCCAUAAAUAAAUAGCAUUUGAUUCUCUAGUCCUUAUUUCCCUAUCCACCAGUAUCCAUCUUCAUUUCCCAGUGGAAGCCAAUGCCAUUCACUUUGGCAUGCUCUUUUUUGGGGUGGUAUUUCUACAUGGGAACCAGGAUAUGUGUCUGUGUGGGGAGGGGAAUGAUGGUGACCAAAACUGGGAAAUGCUCCUGGAGUCCACAGAGCAGACAUAGGUUAUGUCAAUAUCACACUAUGGGGCACAGUUUAAGGCAUUUCCCAGCAAAUAGUCUGAAAUUAUUCUGUUCAGGUCAGCUCCAGUUCUGGGGAAGCAUGAGAGGGGAUUGUUUGGUAUUUUUAGGGCAAGCCCUUUACAUGUUCCCUAACAUUAACUUAAUUUUUGGAAUCUCUUUCUUGAGAAAACAAAUGAACAAAUAUAUAUGUCUGUGUGAAAGGUGAUCUAUGGGGUACACCUUAAUUCAGAAGGUGUGUUUAAAAAGAAAGGCAGUUCCUUCUUCAGUGAGCAUUCACCAAGUAUAAGCAAUGCAUGAUUGUGUUGUGAGCACUAUUUUCACUAUCAUUUUUAAGCCAAUAAUGCUAAUUGGAGGAAGGACCAGGAAUUUAGGGUGUUUCAGGCUGGAGCUGAAGAACUUGUGCUGACUUCUGUAAAUUUCUCCAAUGUACUGUGCUUGGCUCUGGUUAGGGUUAUAAAUCUUUCAUUUUCACAAACACUAAAUUCACUAACAAAUUUUUAAAGGUACCUUUCACUUUUUUCUGAAUGUUGUGUCACAGAGGAAAGUUGAAGACAUGAGAAAUGCUUGGGCUAAAUGCCUCCUUUGGAGUAGCUGAUUUGGGUGAAAUAUCUAAGGAAUGUUAAUCCUUUUAGUUUUAGUCAAGUUUACAACCAGCCAUUUUAAAGUGAUGCAAUGUGAAAAUUCAGCUAUCACUAAGCAUGUUAUAUCUGCAGAGGAUGGAGAAUGAUUUGUCAAAUCAUUACCCAGUAUCCUCUUAAGCUCUCAUCAUUGUGUGAUGUUGCCAGGCUUGCAGUAAUUCACAAAUGCAGUAGGUUCCUUCAGAGAGCCUUGCAAACCACCACUCGCAGGUAGUGUAAUCUGACACGAUCCUUGUAGGCUUUUGUUUACACUCCACAUGCUCUAAUAAAUCCUCAGCAAGCUCUUGUUUACAGUUUGAGGAAAGGUGGUUUUUGAAGAUAGCAGGGUCACACAAUCCAUGGUACUGCUGCCCCUUUUAACUUCAGGCUGAAGCAAUCCAUGUCAAGCCUCCCUGAAGGAUACUGCACUACAAAAUGCAGCAGUAAAAAGACAAUACUUGGACAUUUAAGAAGUCAAGGAUUUAAAGAAGCAACCAAAAUCAAUUGGACCUUGAUCUAAUGGGUCUGGAAACAGACACAGAGAAGCUUCAGGCACUUUGACUUGAAAACUACAUUGUGCAGUGUAGCUGGUGUCUUUAAUGUUUGGCAGGUGGAAAACUCUUUAAUGUGUCUAGAAAGCAAUGUUCAUAUGUAUUCUCAGCCUCAUGGCCUCCCUUUGUACUGCUGCCUGGAAGGACAUGCAUACUCCUUGAAAAAGAAUGAUGAAUUACCUCGUUCCUCAUUUCUGGGCCUGCACUGACAUGGAAACCCCGAUGGCUUGAGUGAAUUACUUUACUUCAAGUAAUUACUCUGAUUUCACCAGUUAUUAGGCCACUUGUGGGUGUUGCCUGGCAUCCAGGCACCCUCCAAAGGUGCUCUAUCACUCCCCUCCACAAGUGGACAUGGGAGAGAAAAUAUAAUAAGGGGUUCAUGAGUUGAAAUAAGGUCCAAGAGAGAUCACUUAUUGAAUACCAUCACAGGAAAAAAAGACUCAGCUUUGGGAUAUUAUUUUAAUUUAUUACUGACAUAAUCAGAGCAGGAUAAUGAGAAGUAAAAUGAAUCUUAAAAACACCUUCCUCUCGACCCCUCCCUGCUUCCCAGCUCUACCUCCUCCCCCUUGGCAGCACAGGGUGACAGAGAAUGGGGUUACAGUCCGUACAUCACAUGUUGCUCCUGCCUCUGCCCAGGGAGAAGAGUCCUACCUGCAUAAAAGGCUUUGCCAAGGCUGUGUUCAAUCUGAAAUGCUUUCUUCAUACUUUGCUGAAGUUCAAAUGCAGGCAUGAACCAAAUGAGUGAUGCUGCCUUGUUCAGAAGUUGUGGUCUCCUGAAGAAGCCACAGUACUGGACAUAUUAAAAUAUUCAUGACACUGUGAUUCUUUCUGUCUGUUUUUUGCAUUAUUUCUCACCAUGUCCUAGAUUGUCCAUCUUGAUUUCCUGUUUAGGUUAAACUGCUAGACAGAAGCUCAAAAUAUGUGGAUACACAUUUUUCUUGAAGACUUUUGUUUUGUUUUGUUUUGUUUUAAUUAAAAAUGAAAUCCAGUCAGCAGUAUUCAUUACAGACUUUUACAAUGCAGACACCCUGACUCUCUUGAAGUCUGUGGAGAAAAACAGAUAUUCCCAGAAGGCAAUUCACUUGGCUUGUGUGGAUGCUUACUCUGGGAAGUGAUUGGUUCUUUAAAAGUUCCUUUUUUUCCAAUGGAUUGUAAAAGACCCUAUAUGAUUAACUAAGACUGGUACUUCAUAUUUCUAAGUCAAAGAUGUCUAAAGUCUUAUCAAUCUUAACCUAAAGCUGCCCUAUAUGCAAGGAAAAUAGCACAUGAUUGGAGUAAAGGAUUGGAAUUAAUGUGGUUGUGGUUUUUUUUUUUAGUUCCAGCAUUAUUUUUCUGAAUUUGAUCAAGUUUUGCCAUGUCUGUCUUAAGGACAAUACAAUAACAAUUAAGUAGGUGCAUUGUGUGUUAGGUCCUCUACACCUACAAAAGGUGUAGCUCCUAGUAAUAGAAAUUUUCUUAUGCAAAAUUGUAGACAAAACUUAAAUGUAGUUGCAUAUAACAUAUCUAAAAAAUAGAACAUAGGGAAAAAGCACAUACAUGCAGGUGUAGCCUCGACUAACCCGCAAAAUAUAGAAGACUGUAAAUUGAAAAGUCAGCAGUGGAAUCAAAAAUUUCUUCAAUGGUGAUAUGAUUGUAAUGAUUUUUGCAUUCAGUUCAGCUUAAAGGGGAGAUGGAUUUUAGUCUGAGGUCCCUCCUCUAGGUGAUCUCUGAAAUAAUCAGUGAUUUUUCUUCCCCCAGAAGUUCACUCCACCGUUUCUUGUGCAUGCCAACUCUCCAGUAACUCCCUGCAAAAUUCAGAGUUCACUCUGAGGUGAAGUAACUUUAUAAAUUCCAACCUGGCAAUUUGUAUUUCCAGACUGAUUUUACUGGCACAACGCUACAAAAUCAUAGAAAUCUGCUCUUGUUUACCUGUAAAGCAUCAGCCAGAAAUGGUGACUGAUAUUUUGCCAGCAUUAAUACUCACUUAGUUUUUAAUCUAUCAAUAAGAAUUAGCAAGCAGGAUACUCACAUGAUUAUUGGGAACCCUUCUUCAAAGCUGUUCUUCAAGAGGCUAAAUGCAUGCAGCCUGCCUUUCAACCACUCCACAAUUGCAUUGAUUAUGUCUCAAGGAGGAGACACUUGGCACUUAAUUUGUGAAAAGCUUUUUGUCUGAGUUAUGUUAUGUUUAUUAUAACAGUAUUAUAGCAUUCUUUAGUCCUGGAGAUUUACAGUGUAAUUUGGUGGAGGAACUUCUGGCAGCAACCCACACACAUGGUUCCUCCUCCUUUCUGGGUGUUUCUCACAUUGCAGAGAAAAAAGAAAGGUCGUGAGAGUUGCUGCAUGGAGCAGCCCUGCUUUUAGCAGGGAAAGGAUAUUCCUUCACUUCACAUUCCAUAAUUAAAUAAGUAAGCACAAAACAUGAGUGUGCACUGGGCUUAGUGGCAUGUUAGAGGGCUUGUGGAUUGUUCUGGAUUGCAAGGCAGGAUGUAUUCUAUUACCAUCUGUAUGGCAGUUGUCUAGGUGUUAAGUGGGCAAUUUCCCCUUAUCUCUCUCCCUGCGAGAUCACAAUCACUCCUCCCUCAGCAGGGGGCAUCCCGUGAUAAGAGGCUAUUGAAUGUCACUGCAUGGCUGAUAAGAACUGUAACAUCCCAUUGUGAGAUGCUCCGCCCAGAGGGAGGAGCCGAGCAUUGCUAUCCAGAUAUAAUCAGGAGAUUCUGACACACCAGCACAGCUUCUCCACUGGAUUCACCAGAGGAACAGCAGCUGCUUCUUCUUCCACGGAUCUGCGGAGGAAGAAUCACCCUUUUUCUACAGGACCCCCUGCUCCAACAGAACCACACCUGACACCUCAGGAGGACUGCAGCCACUUUUCCAACUGGACUGCUGCCAGCACCCUGACCAACAGGGUGUCAGGUUGAGUUCUGACUCUGUCAUUUUAGUGUACUGCAUUGUUUUUAUUUUAUCAUUUUAUGGUUUUUCCCCCCUUCCCUAUUAAAGAACUGUUAUUCCCUGCUCCCGUAUUUUUUUUGCCUGAGAGCCCCUUAAUUUAAAAUUCAUAGCAAUUUGGAGGGGUGGGGAGGGUUUGCAUUCUCCAUUUCAGGGGAAGCUCCUGCCUUCUUUAGCAGGCACCUGUCUUAUCCAAACCAAGACAGAUUUUUGGCGCCCAACGUGGGGCUCGAGGGCAAAUAAACAAAAAGGGAAUAACAGUUCUUGAGUAAUCUAAUUUUUGUGUGGCUAUACAAACCUCAUCAAGUGACACCAUGUGGUCCAGUUUACCCUGGUUUGGGUGGCACGUGAUCAUGGCUGUAUUUCUCCCAUUUGUAGGCCCUUAUCUUAACAUGGGUCCUAUAACCAAGGCUACUGUGGCUAUUAUCCGGUUUGUUUUAUGGGUGAAUAAGGUGAGGAAUUCAUGGAUUUUUAACUUCCUCUGGAAGGCAGGCACAUGGAUUCACAGCUAUCACACCUUAACUAUGUGUUUUUGGGGUUACUUUAAUAAUGGCACCUGCUGUAAGGAAAUUACACCAGGGGAAAUUUUCUCCCAACCCUUUAAUCACCUCUUUGGGUCCACCCCACCAGUUUUUGAAGGGUUCAGAUCCAAUCUAAACAUUAAUGAUAUCAUACAGUGGCUGGUGUUGCUGAUAGGCCUGUUCUAUUUAGCAUUUAGAGAGAGAGAGAGACUAACCUGGAUAACUACCCUGACACCUGCAUCAGAACCUAACACGCCACCAGAGUCCAGGGAUGCUGUUGCCCCAGAGCCUACUCCUACCCCACAGCCCGUGCCAGAUGUGAACUACCCAGAUUGGGUGGGGGGUCUGGUGAAGGAGAUGCGUGAGAUAGGCCAGAUCCUGAAGGAGUACACUUCCCCAGCUGGUGCAGAGCCCUCCCCCUGCUUUGAAGAGAGAGAAUCUAAUAGUGCAGCAGCAGAACCCACAGAUGUUACAACUGUCCAGGUUCCAGCUGAACUGCAGAGGCAGUCACAGCCAGCAGCAGUUGCCCCUGUAGAAACAAGGAGAUCUAAAACAAAAGCAGAGCACCCAGAUAGGGGAGGGCCCUCACAACCCACAGGGGAGCCAGAGGUUGCAAUCAUCACCGAGUCCCUGACUUACGAAAGUCUCCGUAAUCUACACAAAGACAUUGUACGACGGGGACGUGAGGCUUAUACAACCUGGCUACUUCGGGUCUGGGACCUUAUGGGUACAGGUGUGCAACUGGAUGGUGGUGAGGCAAGGAAUCUGGGACCCUUAACUCAGGACUCCGGUAUCAAUCAGAUUUUUGUAAGGGAGCCAGGGUCCCUUUCCCUCUGGGAGCGGCUUUUAACAAGUGUCAGAGAGAGAUUUGUCCACAGGGAAAGAAUGCAGGAGCAGCACCACAGAAUGCGCUGGAAGACUCUUGAGGAAGGGAUCCAACAGCUGAGGGAAGUGGCAGUAUUGGAGGUACUCUUUGGGAGAGAUGGACAGCAUGAUAAUGACCCCGACCAGGUCAGGUGCACAGGGCAGAUGCUGUGGAGUCUGGCAAAUCUGGGGCCAUCUCAAUACACCACUUUCAUUGCAACGAUCAAUGCUGAUACCAACCGAGAGACAGUGGGUUCUGUGGCAAACAAACUUAGAAAUUAUGAAAGUAUGAUCAAUGGCCCCAUGCAAGCUCAUGUCUCUGCCGUGGUCCAAGAACUCAGAGAGGAGAUGAGGGAGAUGAGGGAGGCGGUGAGAAGGAACAAUUCCCAUAUUGCACCAGUGCGAGUCACAGGCCCCAGAGUUAGAGCCCAACAUUUUCCACCUAGAGAGAGAGGGUACACCCCACGGGCUGACUUGUGGUUCUUUCUGAGGGACCAUGGGGAAGACAUGGGAAAGUGGGAUGGAAAACCCACUUCAGUCCUGGCAGCAAGGGUGCGUCAACUCAAGGAGGGAAACACUAACCGAGAGAACUCCAGUAAAGUGAAGGUAGCCUCAACCUCCCAUGACCGAGCUGCUGAGUAUGAUCCGUCAGAUCCCCUUGAGGGUACCUCUACCAUGUAUGCCCAGGGAAGAAAUAAUAACCAGGGUUAGGGGGGCCCUGCCUCUAGCCAGGGAGAGGCACGGGAAAAUCGGAUUUUCUGGACGGUGUGGAUCCGAUGGCCUGGCACAUCAGAACCACAAAGGUACGAUGCUUUAGUGGAUACUGGUGCACAGUGUACCCUGAUACCAUCGGGACAUGUGGGGGCCGAACCUGUUUCCAUUGCCGGGGUGACGGGGGGAUCACAGCAAUUGACCCUUUUGGAAGCUGAGAUGAGCCUGACUGGGAAAGACUGGAAGAAACAUCCUAUUGUGACUGGCCCAGAGGCCCCAUGUAUUCUAGGCAUAGACUUCCUCCGGAAUGGCUAUUACAAAGACCCAAAAGGACUCAGAUGGGCUUUUGGCAUAGCUGCUGUAGAGGCAGAGAACAUUAAGCAGUUGAACACCUUGCCUGGACUGUCAGAAAACCCAUCCGCAGUAGGACUCUUGAAUGUGGAAGAGCAACGAGUGCCAAUCGCCACCUCGACGGUGCACCGCCGGCAGUAUCGGACGAAUCGAGACGCCGUGAUCCCCAUCCACAAAAUGAUCCGUGAGCUGGAGAGCCAAGGGGUGGUCAGCAAGACUCACUCACCCUUUAACAGUCCCAUCUGGCCUGUGCGCAAGUCUGACAAAGAAUGGAGAUUGACUGUGGACUAUCGUGGCUUGAAUGAAGUGACUCCACCACUGAGCGCUGCUGUGCCAGACAUGCUGGAACUCCAGUACGAGCUGGAGUCCAAGGCAGCAAAGUGGUAUGCCACCAUUGACAUUGCUAACGCGUUUUUCUCCAUUCCUCUGGCAGCAGAGUGCAGGCCUCAGUUUGCUUUCACCUGGAGGGGCGUGCAGUACACCUGGAACCGACUGCCCCAGGGGUGGAAGCACAGCCCCACCAUCUGCCAUGGACUGAUCCAGACUGCACUGGAAAAGGGUGAGGCCCCAGAACAUCUGCAAUACAUCGAUGACAUCAUUGUGUGGGGGAACACGGCAGUGGAAGUAUUUGAGAAAGGAAAGAAAAUCAUCCAGAUUCUGCUAGAAGCCGGUUGCGCCAUCAAGAAGAACAAAGUCAAGGGACCUGCUCGAGAGAUCCAGUUCCUGGGAGUAAAGUGGCAAGAUGGACGGCGUCAGAUUCCCAUUGAGGUCAUCAACAAGAUCACCGCGAUGUCUCCACCAACUAGCAAGAAGGAAACACAAGCUUUCCUGGGUGCCAUAGGCUUUUGGAGGAUGCACAUUCCCGAGUACAGUCAGAUCGUGAGCCCUCUUUACCUGGUCACCCGCAAGAAGAACGAGUUCCACUGGGGCCCUGAGCAGCAACAAGCUUUUGCCCAGAUUAAGCAAGAAAUUGCUCAUGCUGUUGCCCUUGGCCCAGUCAGGAUGGGACCAGAGGUAAAGAACGUACUCUACUCUGCAGCCGGGAACCAUGGUUUGUCCUGGAGCCUUUGGCAGAAGGUGCCUGGGGAGACUCGAGGCCGACCACUGGGAUUCUGGAGUCGAAGCUUCAGAGGGUCCGAAGCCAAUUACACUCCCACAGAAAAGGAAAUCUUGGCUGCCUACGAAGGAGUUCAAGCUGCCUCAGAGGUGAUUGGCACGGAAGCACAACUCCUCCUGGCACCCCGACUACCAGUGCUGGGGUGGAUGUUCAAAGGAAAGGCUCCCACCACCCACCAUGCCACUGAUGCUACAUGGAGUAAAUGGAUUGCCCUCAUCACACAGCGCACCCGUAUUGGAAACCUGAAUCGCCCUGGGAUUUUAGAGAUAAUUACAAACUGGCCGGAAGGUGAAGAUUUUGGUCUUUCUGAUGAAGAGGAACAAGAGCAAGUAACACGUGCCGAAGAAGCUCCACCAUACAACCAACUCCCAGCAGAGGAAACACGCUACGCUCUUUUCACUGACGGUUCCUGUCGCAUCGUAGGGUUGAACCGGAAGUGGAAAGCAGCCGUAUGGAGUCCCACACGACAGGUUGCUCAGGCUAUCGAAGGAGAAGGUGGAUCAAGUCAACUUGCUGAACUCAAAGCUGUUCAGCUAGCCCUGGACAUUGCUGAGAGAGAGAAAUGGCCAAGGCUCUAUCUUUAUACUGAUUCGUGGAUGGUAGCCAAUGCUCUGUGGGGCUGGCUGGAAAGGUGGAAAAAGGCCAACUGGCAGCGUAAGGGAAAACCAAUCUGGGCUGCUGAGGAAUGGAAAGAAAUUGCCGCUCGGUUGGAGAACCUACCUGUGAAAGUCCGCCACGUAGAUGCCCACAUCCCCAAGAGCCGGGCUAAUGAGGAACAUCGAAACAACGAACAGGUAGAUCAGGCAGCAAAAAUAGAGGUGUCGAAGAUAGACUUAGAUUGGCAACAUAAGGGGGAGUUGUUCCUAGCUCGAUGGGCCCACGAUGCCUCAGGUCAUCAAGGUAGAGAUGCCACCUAUAGGUGGGCACGAGACCGAGGAGUAGAUUUAACCAAAGACAGUAUUUCUCAGGUUAUCCAUGACUGUGAAACGUGUGCUGCCAUCAAACACGCCAAGAGAGUGAAGCCCCUGUGGUAUGGUGGGCGGUGGUCCAAGUACAAGUAUGGGGAGGCCUGGCAGAUCGACUACAUCACACUGCCCCAGACACGCCAAGGCAAGCGCUACGUGCUGACCAUGGUGGAAGCCACCACGGGAUGGUUGGAGACCCACCCUGUGCCUCACGCCACUGCCCGGAACACCAUCCUGGGCCUGGAAAAGCAAGUGCUGUGGAGACAUGGAACCCCUGAGAGAAUUGAGUCGGACAAUGGGACCCAUUUCAAGAACGGCCUUAUCAACACCUGGGCCAGGGAACAUGGUAUUGAAUGGAUAUACCAUAUCCCCUACCAUGCACCAGCUGCCGGGAAAGUUGAACGGUGCAAUGGACUACUCAAGACUACCCUGAAGGCACUUGGUGGGGGGACUUUUAGAAAUUGGGAGAUGAACUUAGCAAAGGCCACCUGGAUGGUCAACACCAGAGGGUCUAUCAAUCGAGCUGGUCCUGCCCAGUCUGAACCCCUGCACACUGUAGAUGGAGAUAAAGUCCCUGUUGUACACAUGAAAGGUAUUUUAGGAAAGACUGUUUGGAUUACUCCCACCUCAGGCAAAGACAAACCCAUCCGUGGAAUUGUUUUUGCUCAAGGACCUGGUUACACUUGGUGGGUAAUGCAGAAAGAUGGAGAAAGCCGUUGUGUACCACAGGGAAACCUAGUCUUAAGUGAGAACUGUGUGUAAGGAUUCAUUGUGAUGCAGAUGGAAAUAGAAUAAGGGGUGGAUUAUGUUCUGGAUUGCAAGGCAGGAUGUAUUCUAUUACCAUCUGUAUGGCAGUUGUCUAGGUGUUAAGUGGGCAAUUUCCCCUUAUCUCUCUCCCUGCGAGAUCACAAUCACUCCUCCCUCAGCAGGGGGCAUCCCGUGAUAAGAGGCUAUUGAAUGUCACUGCAUGGCUGAUAAGAACUGUAACAUCCCAUUGUGAGAUGCUCCGCCCAGAGGGAGGAGCCGAGCAUUGCUAUCCAGAUAUAAUCAGGAGAUUCUGACACACCAGCACAGCUUCUCCACUGGAUUCACCAGAGGAACAGCAGCUGCUUCUUCUUCCACGGAUCUGCGGAGGAAGAAUCACCCUUUUUCUACAGGACCCCCUGCUCCAACAGAACCACACCUGACACCUCAGGAGGACUGCAGCCACUUUUCCAACUGGACUGCUGCCAGCACCCUGACCAACAGGGUGUCAGGUUGAGUUCUGACUCUGUCAUUUUAGUGUACUGCAUUGUUUUUAUUUUAUCAUUUUAUGGUUUUUCCCCCCUUCCCUAUUAAAGAACUGUUAUUCCCUGCUCCCGUAUUUUUUUUGCCUGAGAGCCCCUUAAUUU